AUGAAUAAGAUUAUGGACAAAGAUCAUUAUAAGGUUCUUGGUUUGUCGUCCAGCGAGGAAGGCUCUCAGCUCACAGAGAAACAGAUUAAAAAGGCUUUUGUGUUGCACCCGGACAAGAGGCCUAAAAGUGAUCUCCAAGCCAAUACCAACUUCCAAAGGCUCAAAAGAUCCUAUGAGGUUCUCAAGAAUGAAAGUGCCCGCGAAGUGUUGGACAAAAUCCUUAAAGAUCAAAGACAUGCGAUCCCAAGAGACAGAAGAUGGUUUAUGAUCCUAAAGCAAGAUAACGAGCUGCAAAGUUUGACAGGGAUGCCAAAGUUAGACAAGAACAAGAUGAGAGAAUGA